AUGCGUUCGGUGUGGCUCGGAGUGUAUCGUGACCAACGCCUCUUUUUCCCACAUUUAUGUGCACACAUAUACACAUACAUGCGCACAGGCAUGCACACUCGAGAUCAAAAGAACACCCAAGCGCUGCCGGGAGGCUGGGUAGCGCCCGAAGUGUUUUCACGUUCAGUUAGAGCACGAUUUGGACUGACUUGCUACGUCCCGAGGCUGGCUGGCAGCAGGCUGGUCGAGAGAAGAGUGUAG